GUAAGGCCCACAUGUUCAGGUGGGGCCCACAUGUUCAGGUAGGGCCCACAUGUUCAGGUGGGGCUCACAUGUUCAGGUGGGGCCCACAUGUUCAGGUGGGGCCCACAUAUUCGGGUGGGGCGGGGUCAACACCGGCCUUCCCACUCACUCAUUUCACCAUCAUCUCCCCCUGCCCACCUGUUUCUUCUGGUCUCCACCCUCAUCUACCCUUCUCCACCCACCUUUACCCCUCUCCACCAUCUUCUUCCCCUCUCCACUAUAUCUCCCUUAUUCAUCUUGCGCUCUCCACCCUCUCUCCCUUCUUUCAACCUUGGUCUCUCCACUCUCUCUCCCUUCUUUCAACUUUGUGUGGGAGUGCUGUUGCAACAGCUGCGUAUCGCAUCUCAUCCUACUCUUACCCUUUCGCCCUCCCUCUGUCGCCUUUCUUCCGGUCUGUCCUUGCUAGCGUGGGGGUGCUGCUGCUGCAGCUGCUCACGGGGUGGGAUGCUCCCUACAAGCAUGAGGAUGGGCACCACAUUCACAUCUCUGACUGGGUGCGUGCCUCCCUGUUGCUCAUGGCAUGA